UCUGCAGGCACAAAACAACAUUGAUAGUCAAUGUGUUCUCCUAAACAUACGACAUAAGAAGAAUAAUGAAUCUGAUCGCAAAACUUCUCGUUUUGUUUUUUAUUUCAACGAAAAUCUCACCUGGAAACACAAAUGCGAUUUACCUUACAAAAACUAGAACAAGGCUUGAUCUUGUUGAACCUUCCUUGUCGAUUUGGUCAGGUCCUAGAUUUGGGAUAUUCCAGUGCAGUUUUACCUGCCGUCAGGAACCACAAUGUGUAUCAUUACUGUUCAACAAAACGACAAAACUGUGCAAACUUUUCAACGUAAUAUACGAUGGUGACGAAAGUGGAAAUGUGGAGAAUUACUAUAUCAUAAGUGGCAAAAGUAAACGGUUUGUGCCAGCAUCCUGCUUGGACAUCAGUACAUACGGAAACAUAAAGACAGAUGGCGAAUACUGGAUUUAUCCAAUGGCAGCCAAUGGGAGGCGAACCAAGAUCUUUUGUCACGACAUGGCAAAUGAACCUUCACAUUUCAUCACCUUAAAGAAUACGAACAGCUUCGUUGAACACGAUGGCUCAAACUGGAUAGUUUCUUUUCAACAAUGCCAAUCCAGUCUGAACCAUCCUUUAAAACGGGUGGAGUUUACCAAAGUUAAAAUAGAAAUAGAGGACAUGGUGGUUAAUGGAACAGAUUACACGUUCACUUCCGUGACAGGAUCACCCACAAUUAAAUAUGGAGAAUCUAAGGACUGUAACGGGCAGUACUAUCUUAACCCAUGUCCUCAUUUUGGACAUGCGGUCAUUGACACAAGAGAAACCGGGUUGAUUGUAGACCCUGACACAACGUUCGGAUUACUUGACCACAAUGAUGGUGAAAUGAAAGACUUCAUCAGAUCAGCUGACGGUUCUCAGAUAUCCUUCCUGUGCGCUGGCUGGUGCAGCAGGUGUGGACCAACAUCUGGACCACUCAGACUGCUUCUUUCUAUGGAGUUUAUUUCAGGUACUGAUGCACAGCCCGUUACUUGUCGCAAGUAGAAGAUGUUUUCAGGUUUCAGUUGCAGAGUCGUGAACAGGAUACAUUUCCACCAUUUUUAAAAGAACUAUGUACGAUAGCAUUGUCCAGCCGCCUAACGAAAAGAUAUUUGUCUUUUAAUUAUAAAAUUUAUUUAUUUUAAAUAAUGAAAAUAUUUAUGUAUUUUUUUUAUAAGAUAUAAAUAAUUUUGUCAAACAAAGAGAGAUAACUUUAGAUUUUGAAUUAAAAUAACUCAUUUAUAAUAGAAACUAUAGGAAAACGGAAUUUUUAAAACAUCUCCCCCCCCCCCCCCUUGAAAUGAUAAUAAACAAUAAUUCCUCUUGAAGGGUUUUAUAUCUUGUUAUUAAGCAUAACAAAGAGUUUGUUGUUUCACCGGGGGGGG